AUGGAAUCUCAGAAAUCAAUUUGGGAAGUGUUUAAGGGUCUCAGGCUUGGCUCCGACAAGGAGCCUUGGGUUCUUCAUCAGGAUGUGCAAGACAAAUUUGAAAAGGAGCAUCAACUGUGUCUCGUGGUGAAGGGUCUCAACCUGGAUCAUCAGAAUCCUGCGGGAAUUAAGAAAACGAUGAUGGCAUCUUGGGCUCCCAAGGGAUGUGUGGAUGCGAAAGUUAAUGAUGACGGUACGGUGAAUUUCUAUUUUGCAAAGGAUUAUCAACUGAUGAAUGUGUAUGAAAAUGCCCCAUAUGAGUAUAGAGGGUGGAUGUUAGCUGUUGAUCUGUGGAAAAAUAGGAGAUUUCCAAGUUUUUUGCAAACAAUUCCCUUUUGGAUUAAUAUUGAAAAGCUGCCUCAGAUGUAUCAUAGAAGUCACAUAAUUGAGAGCUUUGCUUCUAAGUUUGGUCAUGUGGAUGAGGUUCGUAUUAGGGAGCCUGCACUUCAUUUGCAGAGGCCAGCAGAAGUUAAGAAGUUGGUGAAAUUUUGCACCACAUGUGGAAGCUUAAGGCAUGGCUAUGAGAAGUGUCCUCAAGCAUCAACACUUACAGCUACUGCUGGAGCUUUAAUGGAGCUUGGUCACACUCUUUAUCUCACUGAGCAAGAAAGAUCAGCUGCAAUUGAGGGUCUUAAUACUAAACAGGACCUGGGGGAAAGUUCUGGUGCUCAAAAGGAUAUUCCGGAGAUGCUUGAGCCUAUUGCAGAUUAUUUACUGGAACAAGGUUUGGGGAAGAGGCCAGCUGUUGAAGCUGAUUUAAUGAUGGAGGAUAAGGAUAAAGGAAUGAAGAGAAAGAUUGAUGAAAUGGAGAUUGAAGAGUCGGAAGCAGAAGGUAUGCGUGAGAUGGGAAAGAAGGCUAAGGAUAUGGGUGAUACUGUGGGAACUAUCUCUGAGUUUCCAGUUCAAGCUAAGGAAAUGGAAGUUGGAAGUUCUGAGGUUGCAAAAGGUAUGGGUCAGGAUAAGACAAAUGCAGGUGUUAAAGCUAAAGGCUUGGUGGUUGCCAUAAAACCACCAAAGAAGCCAUGA